AUGUUCGAAAGAAAUAUGGAUAGCACAAACCUGUCCGUAUCUAUAAAUGGUGAUUUAGAUUCCACUAGUUCCGCCGGCACUUCCUCGGAUCAUUCAGCUUCGGCUGUGCAUCAGGAUAAUCUUAGCUCACCCAUGGCUUACGGCUCGCUCUUUUUGCCAAAUGCUGGCUAUCGUGGCAAUAUAUCCUGUAAAACAGUUUUAGACAAGUUUCCUCACUACGAGACAACAGAGAAGGAUUUGAUUGAGCGUCGUUUUCAGGAUAUUACAAACGAUUAUGACAAAUCUCCGCCACCCACAGCGGCCACAACGCCCACACACUAUCCUUCAUUGAACAGCAUUAUCUUCGAGAACGGCAACGGUAGCUUGGGCGAUCUUAAUGGCAAUAUCAAAACAGAUGCACUCUGUGCGGGAUUACAACGUGGUGCCGUCUCCUUAGCUAGCACUGGUGGUUCCAGUGGUGGUCAUCUCAUAUCAAAUUUAACCGCCGCUCACAAUAUGUCCGCCGUGGGUAGUUUUCCUAUUGAUGCCAAAAUGCUGCAGUUUUCUACAGAUCAAAUCCAAUGCAUGUGCGAGGCACUGCAGCAAAAGGGUGACAUUGAAAAGCUCACCAACUUUCUCUGCAGCCUGCCAGCCAGCGAAUUCUUCAAAACCAAUGAAAGUGUGCUGCGCGCACGAGCCAUGGUCGCCUAUAAUCUGGGACAGUUUCACGAGCUCUAUAAUUUGCUGGAAACUCAUUGUUUCUCAAUAAAGUAUCAUGUGGAUCUGCAGAAUCUGUGGUUCAAGGCACACUAUAAGGAAGCGGAGAAGGUGCGCGGUCGGCCCUUGGGCGCUGUGGAUAAGUAUCGCUUGCGUAAGAAGUAUCCACUGCCAAAAACCAUCUGGGAUGGUGAGGAGACAGUAUAUUGCUUUAAGGAAAAGUCACGCAAUGCGCUUAAGGAUUGCUAUCUGACUAAUCGCUAUCCAACGCCAGAUGAAAAAAAAACGCUGGCCAAAAAGACUGGCCUUACAUUAACUCAAGUCUCCAAUUGGUUUAAGAAUCGCCGCCAAAGAGAUCGCACUCCGCAGCAAAGACCUGAUAUAAUGCUGCCUGUGGGACAAUUGGAUGCUAAUGGUUUCCCGCGUAUGUUCAACGCCCCUAGCUAUUAUCCUGAAACCAUUUUCAAUGGUCAGUAGUGAGCGUUCUUCCACAAUGGCGUGGCGCAGGCGCUGCUUUGU